CAUGUCUCGUGUUUCUAGAAACAGAGGGAAGAAAGAGAUUCAAAUAAGAGUUCUGCUGCUUUUUUUCCUUCAGAUUUUUGUCGACGAAACUUCAGAGGACCAAACAUGAGUCACGUCGACGUGAAAAAUAUGAAGCCGACCAGUUUUGAAGACCAGUAUUAUGAUGAAUAUGAGUAUUAUAACCUGACCGAUAAAUAUGCAGAAGGCUCAACCCGUAAAGGCAGGACGAAGAAGGAGGCCAGCGAAAACACGAACAGACACAACCCAGCAGGACAUGAGCGCAAGAUUGUGGAAAAACUCCAAAACAGCGAGAAGAAAGUCAAGGAGUGAAUACUGAGGCAACCCGGACGGCUUAUCCCGGACACCGACCAUGGCCUCCUUGGCUGACAUAACGAGACGUGCAGACGGCAGGAGCGUCUUAAGCUCCGAUGGGCGAAGUUUUAACCUGGGCGUGAAGGGGAGUCCACAGAUCCAGAUGUUCCAGCUGCAGCUUCAGUCAAGGGCAGCCAGCUGUGGCUCCCCAGCCUGUAUGUGCUGUGAGGCCCUCACCUGUGGUGGGGUGUACCUGGUUCCCCUUCAGAACAUGAUGGUGCACCCAGGGAUGUGGUAGAGGAUGUUGACUGGUUUUAGUGGAUUUUGUAAAAUAAAAAAGUCAUUACAAAUAAAAACUGGACAUGUG